AUGUCGAUUGAGGAGGCCACGCUCCGAGGCAUCUUCCGCACGCUUGGGCUUCCGAGCGAUGAAGCGGAACUGAUGGCAAGGAGCCCCUGCAACGCCUUGGGGAUCGCGUGCGAUAGCAAGGAUAGAAUCACAAGCCUCGAUUUCCGACGUCGACACCUUCAAGGGCAAGUUCCCCCUGAAAUCGGCCAACUUCAUCAUCUGACACACCUACAGCUGCAUGAUAACCAGCUGACCGGCGAAAUCCCCGCGGAGCUCGGCCAGCUCCAGAAACUGAAGAUGCUCCAGCUCUCCUCCAACAAGCUCACGGGCGAGACGCCCCAGGAGCUCGGCCAACUCCAGAACUUGAGAUGGCUGUAUCUCGGCCAGAACCAGCUGACGGGUGAAAUUCCCAGUGGGACGGGACAGCUUCUGAAGCUGCAGCGACUGGACUUCGCACAGAAUCGGCUGAGCGGCGAAGUCCCACAGGAGCUUGGCCAGCUAAAAAGCUUGCGGGUGCUGUUUCUUGGUAAGAAUCAGCUCACAGGUCAAGUUCCUAGGGAGUUGGGCCAUCUUCGGAAUCUGGAAAAUAUCGACCUUUCCCAGAAUCAGCUGACCGGCCAAAUUCCAUCGGAGCUCGGCCAGUUCCCGUUUCUGUGGGCCUUGGACCUUUCCCGGAACCUUCUGAGUGGCAGGAUAAUCCGCAACCUUGACCUCCCAAACCUGGAAUAUCUUGAUCUCUCGCAUAAUCAGCUUUCCGGCGACAUCCCGGGGGAACUCGGCCAGCUCUUGAACUUGCAGUGGCUGUACCUAUCUGGCAACAAGCUGACCGGCCAAAUCCCCAGGGAACUUGGCCAGCUCCAGAGGUUGAAGGCGCUGCUUCUUUCCCAAAACCACUUGACCGGGGAAAUCCCGGAAGACCUCGGUGAGCUCCCACACCUGGGCCGGCUUUACCUCGCCCAGAACCAACUGUCCGGCAGGAUUCCUCAAAAGGUCUGUCAGCUACGCAGGCUGACAGAGCUGUUGCUGCAGCAGAACAGGUUGCGUCAUUUUCCAACGGUGUUGCAGAUGCCCUACCUGCGAGUGCUUGAUGUCAGCAGCAAUGCUUUCCGUGGCCGCUUUCGGCCUAGACUCUCUGUCGGGAACCUCCAAUGCUUGGAUUUGAGCCACAACAAGUUUGCAGAAGGUAUUUCAGGCAUUGUUGAGUUCUUCUGUGCCCGAAGCCCUGUGGGCGGAGUGCUUCAGGAGCUGAGGCUGAACCAUAACCUCUUCUCGGGCGAAGUGCCAUCAUGCUUGUUGCAGUUCGCACACUUGACGUUUCUGGCUUUGAAUAACAACCGUUUCCGUGGCUCCCUGCCCGAAAUCACCGCUCCACGGCUUACCAUUCUGUCGCUCCACAAGAAUAGUUUGACGGGUGUGCUUCCCGAAGGUUUGUACCGUCUGAGCCGCCUUGGUGUCUUGACCCUGCAUGACAACUCGAUUGGUGGCAAGAUCGGAAGUCUGAAUGUAAGCGCAGCCUGUUUAAACAAUGCAAAAUUCAGACUGCGCGGCCUCUAUGACUGCAGCUCUCUGAACUUCUUGAGAGAUGACUGGCAAGGUGAGGAGCUGGCUGAAGUCGAAUCAAACUGCCCGGCAUCCUUCAGAACCUGUUCUGGUAGCGGCCUCGCCAAGUUGACGCUGCACCACAAUCGUUUUUCCUGCGCUGUUCCAGAAUUCAUCAGCAGCAGCAAGGUUCUGAGCUUAGUGGUUAUGGGGAACAUGCUCGGGGAUGGCACGGCACUGGCCUCGUCGUGGAUCUCGAAGGAGGAGCGCCACCCCUUCCUUUACUACUCCCCCAGCGUCUUCAAAUCCAACAUGCUCGUCCUGGCCGGCUUCCUUUUGCUGAUGCUUUGCGCAGGUUUCUGUGGGCACCGGUUAAAAGGAAGACUUGCGGAGGUGUCUCGCAGGUCAGACUUUGAUGCCAGAGCUCGCGUGGCUUCGUCCGGCAUGGCCUUGAUCAAGUGUACCCUUUGCACCUUUCUCGUGGCAAGUCCGCUGCUGCUCAUCUUCGGUUUCAGUGGCAAGUACUACGACUGCAGUCCUCCCCUGUGGCAAGCUACCGUCGCAAACCUGAUGGCAGCGUCUACCUGGCCCGACUUGGGCGUCAUCACAUGCUGGUGUGCCAUUCAACUCUUCUUCCGAAGUGUCGUCGUGGGCCUUCCCAUGGCCAGGCGGCAAAGCGAGAACCAACUUGGCCAACCCAGUGACAGGCAGAGCUGGCGCGGCAGGGUCUGCGCGUGGCUUCUCUGGAUCUGCAUUGUGAGUGCUUUGUCUUUGCCAUCCGUGUUCUUCACCUUUGCCCAGUCGCUUCCAGCACAGCCAAGCAACCCUGACAACAACAUGCUGAAGUUUUUCCACGGGACUGCGCCAGUACAGGCUGUUCUCAUUGACAUGGUGUUCGCCGUGCAGAUCUCUCAAAAGUUUUCUGGCCUGACAGGGGUCAAGGCCGACAGGCUUCUCAUGAUGUUCCGCCUGUUCUCCGCAUGGCUUCUUGCGGUGCUUACCACUGUAGUGCUGGAUGAGAACUGUCAUGGUGGCUGGAAGCUCGCAUGGAAUGUCUGCAGGGAGGGAUCGAACGAGCAGAGCAAGUUCAAUUGGAAGAUCUUCGACGAGGAGAUCCUGAACACGCAGCGCGACAUCUGCGACUUCAGCGGAACUUUCUGGUCUGAUGGUCGCUGCAGCCGUGCCAUCGUGGGUGGUGUGACGCCUUUUCUGCUGAAGAAGCUUCUGACCCGAAGCACGCUGCAGCCAUUGAUCUGGCUGGUGUCCUGGUGGCUGUCGCGUUUGGAGCCGGAGAGCGGUGCGAAACAAGGACGCCACCGCAGGUUGCUUGGCGUGUGGCCCAAAACCACCGGAUCGCUUGUGCCGCUGCAGCAAAUGGCACUCCUGACCACGCAGAUGGAGUCCUGGAGUGAUAGUUUGAUUCCGGGCGAUCAAGAGCUCUUAAUCUUUUGGUCUCCUUUGGUGCCCUUAAUAUGUGUUGGGGUCCUGGCAGCUGCCGUGGCCAACCUCCUGAUGUUCGACUUGGGGCUUGAUGUCUUCCAGGUGAGUCUCCCCUCAGAUGAGAUGAACGAGGAGGCUGCGCUAUCUGCAUCGUACUUGAGCUUUGCACUGGGAGCAGGGUCCCUCUUCCAGCUCUGGCACGCCUUCAGCACUCAAAUGGUUGGACGUUAUGCCUUGCUGGCCUUUACGGUUGCUGUGAUGGGCCCGUGGGCUAAACAUGUCCUGCCUGUCAGUAUCACGAAGCGCUGGGUCUGGGGUGGAUCAAACGAGGCAUGGUAUCCUGACCGGCAUGGGAGGAUGCUUCUGGUCUUCAAGUCUUUUGCUUGCGCUUCCAUCAACAUGCCAGCGCAGGACAUGCGAAUGCAUGGGCAAAUCAAGAAGCAGACGCGGGGGCAUGCAAACAUUCGGACGCGGCAGUGCGUGCACGGCGUACGGGAGCAAGCGAACGCGCUUCGAACAUGUUCUGACCGGAGGAAAAUCCCAGCAGACCUGCUCCAACACCAAUGUGGGCAUGUCGCCGCCUCUGCAUUGCCUACACUGGUGGGCCUAGAGCCGGAGCCUUCACGUCCAGUUUACCGUUGCGCGAUGGGCUUCCCCUUUGACCCGCUCCUGUCGGCGGAAGAAAGCCAACUUCCGACCGCACUCGCUCAGCUGCUCCCUUCCUGGCGCCGAAGACCUUCCUACGCCACCAAGGCACUGUCGGCCCUUGCCAAGGCCAAGCCCGCGAGCGUGGUUUGGCGAGUCGUGCGGCUCAUGCGCGAGGCGGCUGUGGAGACCAACGUCUUUCACUACAGCGCGGCUAUUCACGCAUGCCAGUCGGAUGCGCAGUGGCCACUGGCUCUAGCGAUCCUGGUGGCCAUGGAGGCGGCCUCCGCUCCACCUAACGUUGUGGUGCUCAAUGCUGCCAUCAGCGUAUGUGAGAAGGGCGGGCGGUGGGACCAUGCUUUGGACCUUUUCAAUCGGCUCGCUGGCCACGGUGUCGUUCCGGAUGUGGUCAGCUUCACUGGUGCCAUCAACGCCUGCGCGAGGGUGUCGAAUUGGCAAGAGUCUCUGUGCCUGCUUUGGUCGAUGAAGGAUGAAUCCGUAUGCCCCAACAUCCGAAGCUACAACGGUGCAUUGGCUGCCUGUGCGGCGGAGGGCCAGUGGGAGCUGGCUUUGUGGCUGCUCUGGCUUCUGCCCUCGGCUUCCGUGGGCCUGAAUACGAUCAGCGUCAAUUCUGCCAUGAACGCCUGCGACAAGGGCGGGCAGUGGCAGCAGGCCCUCGAACUGCUGAUCGCAAUGGCCUCCUUUCGCGUCGCCGCAAGCGCCGUGUCCUACGGCACGGCGAUCUCCGCAACGAGCUCCGCUGCACAGUGGGAGUUGGCACUUCAAGGACUCUGUGAUAUGACCCUGGCGCGAAUUUCGCAGGAUGUCGUCGCUUGCACCAGUGCCAUGGACGCGUGUGCUGGAGCCAAUCGCUGGCGGGCUGUCCUCGAGCUCCUGGAGGCAAUGGAAAACCAGCGCGUGGCACCGAACGCGCAAACUUUUGGUGCCGCUGUGGGGGCCUGUUCCGACAGCUGGCCAGCUGGUCUGCUGCUGCUGCAGAAGAUGUGCGCUUGCCAGGUGAUCCCGGAUGGCCUCCAUGUGGGCUCUGUGGCAGACGCGUUGCGCAAGUACAGGGAAAGCGCUGCAUGGCAGCUCCUGCGCGACUACCGCUUGCUGUGGGAGGCCCAGGCAUCAAUAGCGCCGGCAACCGAGAAUCUGUCUGAGGGUGGCUGCAUCCUCCGCUCGGCGCCUGGGGUCGUGGCCCUCAACAAACUGCCGGAUAUCUCCACCCAGUCAGUGCUGGCGGAUCUGGCAGCGAAGCUGGGUGUUCGCGCGGGCAGCUUGGGCGUCCUGUCGCGCUUGGACCACCCCACCUCCGGAGUGCUUCCCAUCUGCCUUGCGGCAGAAGGAUCCAGCACCGCGCAGUGGUUGCAGGCACAGUUCGCAGCGCGGCUGGUGCGAAAGGAGUACCGCUGCCUGUGCGAAGGGCCCACUUUGGGGGACAGUGGGACGACGGGGCAGGUGAACAAGCCACUCCUCACGGAUGAGCUCCAGCAGGGUGGCGCGCGCACACAAGUGGACUUGCUACGUGGACGCCACGCGCUCACUGAGUACACGGUGCUGCAGAGGUACCGCUCUGAGGGACACCCGGGCGAGGAGCUGGGAGAGCUGAUGUUCCUCAGCGCUCGCCCUCUCACAGGUCGAACUCACCAGAUCCGGGUCCACUUCGCGAGUCUCGGUCGGCCAAUCUUGGGCGACCUAAGCUACGGCCGACGCGGCGCCACGGCUCUUCCCACACACCGCCUCUUCCUGCACUGCUCCCGGGUGCAGCUGCGCGACGCUCGCAAUGGCAGCUACAAUGCCCCAGAGGCAUCAGAGGCCAGGUCCCAAGCCAGCCCCCGGAUCUUGCAACUGAAGGAUGCUGCGGGAAGCACCUUCGUCGCGGAAGCUCCGCUUCCCGCGGACUUGGUGCAGAUCUUGGAGUCUUUGACUGCUCUGUGA